GUCUGAGCUCCGAUCUGGCGGCCAUUGGUGUUGGAAUAAUUUUUACCACUGAUUGUCAAAUAUUCAAAGAAUUCCGCUAAAGAUCCCAAUCAAGAUGGCUACUCGAUUUUCUGAAGUCGACAGAACAAUGCAUGAUUUUUUUUUAUCCGGAUAUGAUGUGAUCAACAUGUUCAAGCUACAUGUGAAAACGCCUAAACAAAUGGGAAUCACGGUUGUCGGUAUUCAUAACAUAAGGUCGAACAAAAUUGACACUUAUUUUGAAAACAGUAACGUGAUCAAAAAAUCUAAUUACUUAAUUAAAUUGACUGAGAAAUGGAAUUCAAAACGUUCUAUAAAUACUGAAGCUUCUAUAAUCGGCUUAAUACCAGGUUUGACACUUUCAGCUGAUGUUAUAAUGGAGUGCAACAAACGUUCUAAGAUUCUAAAGUUGACGUCUGAAUAUCAUAAUGAGUAUGUCGCACUCAACUUGGACACUAAAUUCAAAGGAUCGAAACCGAUUAUUAAUGCCUCUGCUGUAGCUGCUUACAAUGGGUUGACGGGAGGUGUUAAAGUUGAAUAUAGUACAAGCAAAAAAGCACUUAACUUAAGCAAAUUUAUUAUGAGCUAUAUGAUUAAAAAUGCUGUGUUUACCGCCAAUGUAACUAAUAUGGAAUUAAUUAGUGGCUCAAUGUUCACUACAUAUGUUGAUCGAAUAAAUUUGGGUUUGAAAUGUUGUUGGUCAAUUAAACAUCAUACUGGUUCUGCUGUUGUUGGUUCCCAAUACCAAGUGAACAAAGCUCUCAAAUUGCGAGCCAAGUUCAACAACAAGGGUCAAUUGUACAUAGGUUCUAGCAUAAAAAUCAACAAAAGUGCUAAAUUGACACUUGUUAACUUGAUAGAAUGUUUUCGCUUCAACUCCAGUCCUAUCCUAAUUGGUAUUGGAGUGGAAUUUAACUUGUAA